CCAGCGCUAGCAGCUACGCUUAAAUCAGUUCAGUUGAGUUUGACGUUAAGAGUAACAUAACUUCGACUUUUCGUCCACGAUGGUAGUUUUGGUGAGAACUUUUGGCCGCCGCUUCAGUCUUCGCAGAGGUGUUAGGAUAGUCGGAAUCUGGGGUCUGAUUUACUCCGCAUAUGCAAUUUAUCAAGGCAUUCACUUAAUUAGACUUUUCAAGAAAGUAGAGGAGGACGCCGACGAAAUCAGCCAAUAUUUGCCUUUCAGAGAAAAGUAUCUUCUAGCAAUCGUCCCACUGAAUUAUGCGAACCUCGCAGCCAGAGUCGUCUCAGUGUUGGUGGACCUGUUGCUUCUGGGAUCCUCUUUCUCAGGUGACAGGCGUUUGGCGUUUCCAUGGCUUGGGUGGAGCAUCUUCGAUCUCUGUUUUACUCUUGGAGUGAUGGUAUUUUUUAUUUCCAUCUGGAAAGGGUUUGCCGCCUUCCUACUUGUCUUUAGCAGUGAAUGGUUGUUGUCGAUCAGCCGUCUGGAUUACUUUGAAUUCAGGUUUUACUAA